UUUCGACACUGCCCACACGAACGAAGAUGGUGCGCGGCGGUGUGUUUGUGUUUGUUGGCGCUGUGGCGCUGCUGCUGCAGCUGCUGCUUGCCCCUUCCUGCCACGCUGUGGACUGCUCUUCCCGCACCAAGGACUACUGCGAGGUUGAGACAACAUGCAUUUGGGACCAGCAACAAGCUGCAUGCCGUGCGGUUGAUUGCCGUGACUACCGCGACCACUCUUCCUGCAAAGCCGACCCCAAGGACGUGGGGCCCUGCGCCUACCAAUGGGAGCUGCGUGUGUGCUACCAGAAGAACGGCCAGGUUCCCUGCACAGAGUACUACGAGGACUGCCCCUCUGACCGCUGCCAGUACGACAAGGAGCAGGGCUACUGCUACGGCGCGCACGACCAGCUGCCUUGCUUCCUGAUGUUUGACGAGGCCGCGUGCAGCAAAGCCGGCUCGCGCUGCACAUACACCAACAAUGCAUGCAUGUCCAAGGCCGAGGCGGAGGCGUGUUCGUCUCAGUUUGACAAGAGCAAGUGUACCGGCAAGUGCAAGUGGCACCAGGACGACAUGCUCUGCUUUCCAAAGGAUCUCACUGUUCCUUGCAAGCUUCUGCGCACGAACGAGACGUGCGACACAAACCGCUGCACCAAGUACAACACGGGCACACAGGCCAUCAUGUGUCUCCCCAAGGACGCCCAACCGCAAUGCGACAUGUUUUCGAGCGCGGAUCUGUGCCCGGACCAGCGCUGCCAGUGGAACCAGGGCGCGCAGCGGUGCUUCGACCCAAAGGUUGGCAUGGACUGCGAGUUUUACUUUGACAUGCAGCGGUGCCCACAGGACCGGUGCCGCGUUGUUGGCGGGAUGUGUCUGGACAAGGAGCAGCCCAUCGACUGCAGCAUGUUCUACUACGCCAACGACGACUGCAACAAGGACAACGGCUGCAGACCAGACUGCGAUGCCAAGGAAUGCACGUCCUGCCCUGCAUCUGGCAAGUGCGACGACACCAAAUGCCCCGACGCAACACCAGAACCCCUCCACCAGUGCUCGGACCACGUGACGGAGGGCGAGUGCCGCAGCGAUUCUGUAUGCAAGUGGGACGACAGCGUCAAGGCGUGCGUGGACGGUGACGUGGGCACGCCGUGCUCUGAUUACGUCGAGCCAUCGCAGUGCCAGAACGCCCGCGAUUGUGCGUGGGACCAGGGCGAGUGCGUCGAGUGCAAGAACGGCGACUGCAAGCUGGUGACGACGACGACCACACCGGAUGCUGGUGACGCGUGCGACACAUACACGCAGGACACUUGCCCUUACCCGCGCUGCUUCUUCUCCCAGCAGGGGGUGUCGGCGGGAAAGUGUCGUGAUUCGCAGUGCCGCGACCUCGUUGAUGAGAACUUCUGCAAAGCGCACGGCGGGUGCACAUUUGACAAGAACGUGUACGCGUGCUACAAGACAAGCGAAGGACCACCGUGCAACCUGUACUCGGACAAGGACAUGUGCAACUCGCUCGCCAACUGCAAAUGGGACGCAGACAACCUCUACUGUGCAGGCAAGGACACGGGCAAGGCGUGCACGUCAUACUCUGUCAACAACUGCCCUGCUCGCUGCGUCACGCACUUUGACACCAACACGUGCGAGAGCAAGGCGUGCUCAGACAUCACAGAUCAGGAUGCGUGCAAGGAUGCUGGCUGCACCUUUGAUGCAAACAUGUACCUGUGCUACAACGACACGGGUCUCGCGUGCAACAAGUACACCUCAUUCCCAACCUGCCCCCCAAACAGAUGCAACUACGACUACGAUGAUGCCCACCCCAAGGGCGUGUGCAAGGAGAAGGCGUGCGGCGACCUCUACGACAAGGAGGAGUGCUUGGCAGUGAAGGGCUGCAAGUUUGUUGAGUCCAUCAACCUGUGCUACAAGGACACGGGCAAGCCCUGUGACAAGUACACGGACAGGGCCAACUGCCCACUCAACCGCUGCUCUUGGUCGGAUGACGGCACUGGCAACACCGUUUGCCAGCCAAAGGUCUGCACAGAGUAUCUUGACAAGAGUCUGUGCACUGCAGCAAACUGCAUCUGGAACGCCCACGCAAGCUCCUGCUACAACGACACACACAAGUCAUGUGACAAAUACACGGAGCGCACGUGUCCCCCAAACCGCUGCGUCUACGACUACGACUUUGGUUACUGCCGCACAUACGACUGCCCGGAUUACACGGAUCCCGACGACUGCAACUCCAGUGGCAAGGGCUGUGUCUUCAACACGACGUUCGGCGUGUGCGUCACCAAGGGUGAACCCAUCCCCUGCUCCGUCUUCAACUUCAACCAACCAGGCUGCCCCACCUCCUACUGCAAAUACGCGACGGACGUGAACGUGUGCUAUCCAAAGGACGGCCAGGUGCCAUGCAGCUACAUCUACGACCUGUCUGCGUGCGACAAACGUUCGCAUUGCACGUGGGACUCGGCGUUCAACCGAUGCGAAGGAAAACCAAAGAACCAGCAGCGUAUCCCCAACUUCCUCAAGUCCUUCAACUGAUUCCAAACACCAAACGUUCCCUUCCAUCCACUCGCUUCCAUUCCAUCAUGUCAAUGUGUUGUUCUGCGCACUGUGUGUAGCUGGGUCCGUUCAUGCCACUCAUAAUCCUUGGUUCUCCCUUUGCUUUUCCUUGUCUCUUCCCUCCCCUCCCCUAUUUUGGUGUUGUGCACCAUCGCUUUCGUCUUCCUAACGCGUAACCGCAACCCCCUUCCCCUUCUUCCCCUCUCCUUCUUCCCCUCUUCCCAUAUCGCGUUCGCUUCUCUCCUUUUCCCCUUGACGCUGUCAUUGGGUUUCUGUUAUUCUCACGUCAACAAAGGAACCGUUCAACAACACCCCAAGCAAAGCCAACCAGGAUUGCACCAACACCACAAUAACAAAUUGAGCAGCCAA